AUGGCGAUCCAAAGCAAGUUCGAAGAGAAACAUUAUGUGGCGUCUUCCGAUUCACAUGAAGAGAGCUCCAGCUCUUCCCCGUGCGAAGGUGACAAUGUCAUCCACCAACAUGGAACGAAAGAGGAAUCAGAUCCUACGCUAAAAGCCGAGUCCAAAAACAAGUGCGCCAGGGCAUCGCAAGAUCUUAGGAGAACCACCAGCAAUGUACUUUCCCAAGUCGCAUCGCGAAUAACUACAAGGACUUGGCCAGAACCACCGCCUCCUCCAGAUGGAGGUGCCAAUGCAUGGACUCAAGUUGCAAUGGGAUGGCUUGUCAUCUUUUCAACUUGGGGAUGGGUCAACUCAUUCGGGGCUUUCCAGGUGCGUAAAGUAAUCGUCUUUGUUCCCCUCCUAACAUCAUACUCGACUAGCUGCCACGCAAGCUCCCCAUCCACGAUAUCGUGGAUUGGAUCAGUCCAAAUAUGGUUCUGCUUGGUCAUUAGCGUCUUCUCUGGUCGUCUUCUAGAUGCAGGAUUAUUCUUGCCGACCUUUUUCGUUGGCGCCGUGAUUCAAGUCCUUGGAAUGUUCCUAAUGAGCAUAUCAACUCAAUACUGGUCUUUGAUGCUAACCCAGGGCGUACUCACGGGAAUCGGAGCCGGAAUCUUCUUUACCCCCUCCCUCGCUCUUGUUGCGACGUACUUCAAUAAACGCCGCGGCCUAGCGGUCGGAUUAGCGACGACAGGGAACUCCGCUGGCGGUAUUGUUUAUCCGGUCGUUGUUAGACAGUUACUUCCUAGCCUAGGAUUCGCGUGGACGGCAAGGGUGUUGGCUUUCAUCAAUCUUACCUGCCUUUCCAUCGUGUUCGCGUUCAUGAGACCACGUUUGCCGCCUAGGAGGUCGGGUCCUGUCAUCGAUUUCGCUGCGUUCCGCGAGUUGGCCUACAAUGGUGUAGUAGCGGGGAUAUUCACGACAUCCAUGUCCAAUUACUUCUCUUUUUACUACAUCGCAUCAUUUGGAACAGAAGCUCUAGGCAUGUCGUACUCAGCUGCUUCCAUCAUGGUCAUCCUUAUCAACGGAGCUGGAAUCGUAUUCCGAGUUAUACCGCCCAUCAUCGCAGAUCGGAUCGGUCCAAUCAAUGUCAUGUUCCCCGUGACCCUUGCUUGGGCGAUCGUCGCGUUUUGCUGGCUCGCCGUCGACAAUGUACCAGGCUUAUAUGUCUUCGCGUGUUUCUAUGGUAUAUGUUCUGGAAGCUUUCAGUGCCUCACUGCCACGGCUGUCGCUAGUAUUACGAAAAGACUUGAUACAGUUGGUACGCGAUUGGGAAUGGCGUUCAGCAUUGCCUCGUUUGCUUCCCUAACCGGGCCACCCAUCGGUGGAGCUAUUCAAGCUGCGAAUGGCGGUAAAUUUACAGGCGCGCAGGCAUGGGCAGCAAUUAUGACCUUUAUUGGCUGUAACCCCCAGGGAGAUUGUUUAGAUUACCACAAUACGUAA